AACAAACUGUUCGACGUCUCACAAGUUUUAUCAAAUUUAAAUGUAGGUAAUCAAGAUUAAACUGAACAAAAAUAGAUAUUGGUUAUACAAAAACUAUUAAAAUACAUGUACCAAUCUCAAAAUUUACCAUUUAAACAACUAAUUCGAGUUCAAAAUAUUCGAAAAACUAAAAUGAGGUUACCAACUGUUUUUACUCUCCUCCUGCUUAUACUUUCAGUAGCAGCUGAUUAAUGUUUGUUGUUUACAUCUUGGGUCGUGCUCAAAAGCGAUAAGACAGUAAAUAAUGGUAAUGCACAGAGCAUUAUUCACAUGGUUUAUUCUCCUGAUAUUUGUGGUGUUCCUCCUGCUGAGGCUUGAAGGAAGAAUUAACUGGAACUGGUUUUUUAUCUUCUUCCCAGUAUGGCUCUAUGACUUGGUGCUGUUCAUUGAUGCAAUUGCCACCUUUGCAAUGCAUUGCAAGCAUGAAUCAUUCAAGCGAAUUAUUAGCAAGAAAGAUAACUAUGUUAUUUUUAUUGUGCUGUUAAAAGUAGCAGCUCAGAUAUUGAUAUGUUUGAAGCUGGAGUAUACCAGUUGGGAUCUAAGCUUAAUACAUGUUUUACUGCCUCUCUGGUUGCUCCUGCCUAUAUUAAUAUGCAAUGUUACUGUUACUUUGUAUCAUAAAAGUAGUCAAAGCUAUAAUUAAGUAUUGUAUUUAUGUAAAAUCGACUGAUUAAAAUUAAAACCUA